GGGGGGGUUUGGUUACUGAGACACUGCUGUAUUUCCUGCUGAGACAGUCCCACAAAAAGCUGGUAUUUUAAGCCAAGACAUGAUCGUUUCCUCACCAUAACCAAGUCAUUUUUGUGCGUACUGCAAAGUCUUAGGGCUGCAAAAUAGUUUGUUUUGGGUGCAUCGGUACAAUAAACAAACUAAACAAUACUCACACACCAAUGUAACUGAGCUAGAGAGCCACAAAAAUGUCCACAGGCAGAGAUCAAUGCAAAAACAGUCAAUUUAUUUAAGACAUGCAUAAAAAAGGUGCUCAAAAUGCAAAAAAAAACUGUGACAAAGAGUGAGUAAAAACUGCAGCAAAUGUUUCAGUGCUGCUGACAUGAGCGCUUCACUGAACAGGUAGAGACACAGACAGAUCCCCACCAGGUGUGAUACAUCAAUCAGCUGGUGCCACCAAUUAGAUGAGGUCAACUCCCAGGUGCAGAAGCACAUCUACCAAAUCAAAGUGAUCUGUCAUACGAGUACGACACUAGUUAGUGUUACAUAUUAGCAACAUCACAAGCCAAAUGUCUUUGGAAAGUUAGUGUUUGAAUAUGCUGAAACACAGCAGUGAGAUGUGUCAGUCGCAAGAAUCAAAAUCAGAACAGUGUUUGAGAUGUUGACUAAAACAUGAAAUUCAUUUGAACAUGUCAAAUGUGGAGCUGGAAUGGACGAUUGGUUUGAUUUUAAGUCGUCUACUGGCAGUAAAAUUUCUCUAAAAGUUUGUUUAGGAGUUCCGAGGACACUGUGUGUGAUGAAUGAAAAAUUGGAGAGACAUCUAACAAUCCAUAGCUCCUUUCAUGACUCUGCUGUUGAAGCCAAUUUUCCAGUCAUGCCAUGUCAUGUGAGGUGCAAGAGAACAGUGUGAGAGAGAAAGUCAUUUGCAAAGGUUGAUCAACAGUUUCAGCUUCCUGUUGAAGGCGUGGUUUAUGAAGCUGAUCUAUUUAUGGCAACUUCCUUCCAGAAAGCAAAACUAGUUGGUACAAGUGCUGUGCUACGCAGAGAGAAGGACUGUCAGCACGGUUUAUGGUUAGAAAAACACAUUUUAGGUUUCGAGUUGGCACGGUAGAGAGAAACAAGGUUAUUUUGAUGAUAAGUUUGGGGUUUAGAAGCAAGGAAGUCUAUAUUUUAAGUGGAUACAUUGAGAUCAUAAAAACUGAAAGGUAGUUAAAAUGUUUAGGGUCAGUCAUUGCAAAAACAGGCUCAGGUAAAGUCCAGGUGGGUGACGGUCGAGUAUUGGUUCAGCUACAGUAACUUUGUCUCAUAAAUCUCAGUUCCUGACACCAUGUUUGAACUUUGAGCCUUCUGCAAAUGAUGUUGUCUGACAGAGAAGCAAUGAACGAGCACCUGCUGAAAAUACUGAUCGUUGGCGAUGGAACUGUUGGGAAAACCUCCUUUGUGAGCCGCUACGUCAACGGACUGUUCAGCAAGAGUUACAAGGCGACAGUGGGAGUGGAUUAUGCUGUGAAGCUGCUGCACUGGUCCGAUAAAGAUAAAGUUAGACUGCAACUAUGGGACAUCGCAGGCCAGGAGCGUUUCAUAUCCAUGACCAGGAUCUAUUAUAAAGGUGCAAUGGGAUGCGUCGUGAUGUUUGACGUCACCAACUCGUCCAGCUUCCUUAACUGUCGCCAUUGGAAACGAGACCUUGACAACAAGGCAAUGCUGCCCAACGGAGACUCCAUCCCCUGCAUCCUGCUGGCCAACAAGUGUGACCUACCUCAGCGGGUCGUGUCAGCGGACAGCAUCGACAAGUUCUGUCAGGCCAACGGCUUCAUCACGUGGAUGGAGAUUUCAGUAAAAGAGAACAAGAACAUUGGAGAGGCUAUGAGGAGGUUGGUGCAGAAUAUUUUGUCCGUUCAGUCCAGCCUGGACCCCCUCCAACCUGAACCCCAAGACAGCGUUUACCCUCAACUGGACUCAGAGUGCACCAGUAGAGGAGAAGGCUGCUGCUGAAUCACAGGAACAAGCAAACACAGCCAAGACCUGCUCAUUCGUUUAGAUUCUCAAGUUGUUUCAAGCGCCACCGAGCAAGGCACUUCACCCUCAAGUACUGAGUGAGUCUGUCCGCUAAUAGAAGAGGACAAAGAAGCACCAGGAGGCUGUCAGUAGAGGCGUCUUAUAUGUAAAGAGGUGUAGAUUGGUUUUACUGAGCAGGUCAUUAGCAGGUGUUCAUGUCUGAGUCUGCAUGGAUCCAAAAUGACACUAUGAAUAUUAAAGCAGCACAGAGUCUUACAAGUGUCACUAAAACUAUGUUCUAUUCUAGACAAUGUACGAUUAGAAAAUAUAUGGGAAAGCAGCAGCACCAGUUGUACCGUCACAAAGCCUGAAUCAAGGUUUCUCAAAAAAAUUCAGUCCUUUAACUCCAGAUCCAAACAAUCUAAUCUAAUUAAAAUACAAGGAGUCUCUGUGUCUGCCUGCCCUGCGAUAUCCUCCGCAACCGUUCAUCCAAUCAAAAUCGCACUUGUGUAUUGCUGAGGACCAAGGAAAGUGCAAUGUCAAGUGCGAGCUCUUGAGAUCUAAGGGACAUUUUUAUCGGUAGUGCUACCACCAGAACUACACACUGUGCUGUGUAUUGAGAGGGGAACCCUAUUGACUGGAGCACCCAGGCCUUUAGGAAAGCUGCCAAGCCUUGCUUUUAAUUAGUUCCAGCGGCCACUCACAGUAUUGCAAGGAAAACAACGCUGCAGCCAUAAAAGUAUUUUCCCCAUUGACCACCAUUAUAAAGGAGAUAUCUGUAAAACUGUUGACAGGACACCUGGAAGUGCAAACAAGAUCAGAUAUGACUCUUUCUAUUAUGAAUUGUUUGAGCCAUGGAUGGGUCCAACAACCACCGAGUGUUCACUUCCCAUAUGAUUGCAAAGCCAAACCCUGUUCUUUUUUUUUUUUUUAAACACAACCAUGUGCGAGUAUAGGCACAUACAACCAUGUGUUUGUUGUUGAGGGGGAAAAAAACUCAAUUUGCAGUGUUGUACCAACGAAGUGCUUUUAUUUUGAAAGAGACUGUAUGCAAAUUGUACAUUUCCUGUGACGGCCAACACACCCAGGGUACCUUGAACCUUGUAUGUGGACGUGGAAAGUCCAUGACCAAACAUCGAUAUGUGACGAAUGUGUUGAACCUUUGAGAGUGUGAUGGGAGCUCCGUAUGGAUAACAAACUCUACGACUUAUUUUUAUUCAAAAUAUAUCAAGUAUCUAUCAAUAAAUCAGUCCUAGACAUCUCCAGUAAUCCUAUCUGCCAUUCAGCUGCCACACAUCAGGUCCCAACUCAACGGUUAAGGUCACCUACAUCACAGACCUUCCAAACCUACAGUUUGAUGAUCAUUGUAUGCUUUCAACAAUGUACGUGAUUAUUAUAAAAAUAUAUACAAACUUAUUAUUAUUUUCAUUUUCUUUUAAUUUGAGUAAAAGUCAUGUUGUCAGUAUUUCUGCAGAAUAUGCAGGGAUCCCCCCUUGAGGACAAGGAGGAGAGAGAAGCAUGGAGGGAAACAGAAGGAGCAGAGUGAAGGAGGGUGUGUGUGUGUGUGUGUGUGUGGUUAUUAAUGAGAAGGUGUGAGAACGUGGUGUGCAGCGUGCUCAGUACCGCUGCCAUGUCACCUCCUACAACAGGCUGAGACACAUGGUAUCCCCGUGCUAACAAUAAGGGGUGAGUGUGUGUGUGCAUGUAAAGUGUGAGGCAAAUGGUGUGUAGGUGCUGUUGUGUUUGUGUUUUUAUGUAUUUGUCAGACGGAGGCACAUGGAUGUGCAUGUGCCUUGGAGACGUCAAACGCUCACACACAUGAUGUCAGCAUGGCAGUCUUUGUGAAUAAAUUCCCACUUUUUUU